AUGAGUUGGAUGUUCCUCAGAGACCUCCUAAGUGGAGUAAAUAAAUAUUCAACUGGAAUUGGUCGAAUCUGGCUGGCUGUUGUCUUUAUAUUCCGUUUGCUGGUCUACAUGGUAGCUGCAGAACAUGUUUGGAAAGACGAAGAGAAGGAGUUUCAAUGCAACAUUAGGCAGCCUGGUUGUGAAAACGUCUGUUUUGACUACUUCUUCCCCAUCUCCCAGGUUAGGCUUUGGGCCUUGCAACUGAUCAUGGUCUCCACCCCUUCUCUUCUGGUUGCUUUGCAUGUGGCUUACCGUGAAGGCCGGGAAAAAAGGCACAAUAAGAAAUUUUACAUUAGUCCAGGUAGCAUGGAUGGGGGGUUGUGGUGUACUUACAUCAUCAGCCUUGUUUUCAAAACUGGAUUUGAAAUUGGCUUUCUGGUUUUGUUUUACAAGUUGUAUGAUGGAUUUAGCAUUCCCCACCUUGUAAAAUGUGAUGUAAGGCCUUGCCCCAACACUGUGGACUGCUUCAUCUCCAAGCCCACUGAGAAGAAAAUCUUCCUUUACUUCUUGUUAGUCACAUCAUGUCUGUGCAUUGUGUUGAAUAUCAUUGAGCUAGGCUAUUUGGUUUUCAAGAGUUUUGUGAAGUACUGUCUUCAACGGUAUUUUCAAAAUUUCAAAUCCUCAGCUUGUAAGUGUCACAACCUUGACUAUGUUACAUGCAAUGAGAUUGAUGUCCCCAACCUGCUCCAGAAGCACAAUUCUGACUGUUCCAGAAGCAUCCCUCAAAAAUUUGAAGGAAGUGGUUUGCAAGAAGAGUAA